AGCACUAUAAAUCCUGUGGAUUCUAUUUACCAGCCCAGUCCAUUGGAGCCAGCUGUAGUUCGAACCAUGCCAACACAAACUGUUCCAUUGCCAGAGGCUGUGCAGGUUGGCAAAGGUGAGCAGCGGCCGUCGUCGUUGGCUGUCGGUUCAGUAGGAACUGGCCUCGGAAGCCAUCUGACUCCCACUCCAAAUAGCACAGGAAGUGGUCAGUCUGUUCCCAGCAGUAGUUUGACCUCCCCCAGCCACGUCAAUCUGUCACCGAACACAGUCCCAGACUUUUCAUACUCCAGCAGUGAAGAUGAGUUCUACGACGCAGAUGAAUUUUACCAGAGCAGCUCCUCCCCAAAGCAUUGCAUGGAACUCCUAUCUAGUUGCUCGUCUGAGUCUGCAGCAGCCCUAACACACAGCAGUACAGGGACCAGCCUGAAAAGACCGGAUACUACAGAGUCCAUCAAUUCCUCAAUGUCCAAUGGGACCAACGAUGCAGAUCAGUAUGACCAUGAUGACCGGGAUGAUGAUGGAGAAGGGGAGUCUGUGGAGGAACACAAAAGUGUUAUCAUGCAUCUGUUGUCCCAGGUCCGCCUGGGCAUGGACUUGACUAAGGUUGUCCUCCCCACAUUUAUUCUUGAAAGACGAUCUCUCCUAGAGAUGUAUGCUGAUUUUUUUGCACACCCGGAUCUGUUUGUGAGCAUCGGCGACCACAAAGACCCCAAAGACAGGAUGGUCCAGGUGGUCCGGUGUACCUGUACCUGUCCGCAUUCCAUGCAGGCCGAAAAGGGUCUGUAGCGAAGAAGCCUUAUAACCCCAUACUGGGAGAAGUGUUCCAGUGUCACUGGGUUUUACCAGAAAAUGAUGACUCUGAGCCAGUUUCUGAAGGACCAGUUCCAUGGGCUUCCAAAAACAAUGUCACAUUUGUCUCCGAGCAGGUCUCGCAUCAUCCACCAAUUUCAGCCUUCUAUGCCGAAUGUUACAACAAGAGGAUACAGUUCAAUGCUCACAUCUGGACAAAGUCCAAGUUCUUGGGGAUGUCUAUAGGGGUCCACAAUAUUGGGCAAGGUUGUGUAUCUUGUUUAGACUAUGAUGAACACUACAUUUUAACCUUCCCCAAUGGAUAUGGGAGGUCCAUCCUGACUGUGCCUUGGGUAGAGCUCGGUGGAGAGUGCAACAUCAACUGUUCCAAAACUGGCUACAGCGCCACAAUCACCUUCCACACCAAACCUUUCUAUGGUGGGAAGAAGCACAGAGUCACAGCGGAAAUCUAUCCUCCUAAUGACAAGAAAUCUUUCUGUUCAGUGGAAGGGGAGUGGAAUGGUGUUAUGUAUGCAAAAUAUGCAAAUGGGGAGAAUGUAGUUUUUAUAGAUACCAAGAAUAUGCCUAUAGUAAAGAAGAAGGUCCGCAAGCUGGAAGACCAACUAGAAUAUGAAUCUAGAAGUUUAUGGAAAGAUGUCACAUACAACUUGAAGAUCAAGGACAUCGACGACGCCACCGAGGCAAAGCACCGUCUGGAAGAGAGGCAACGAGCAGAAGCAAGAGAACGCAAAGAAAAAGAAGUACAGUGGGAAACUAGGCUAUUCCAUGAGGACGGGGAGUGCUGGGUGUACGAUGAACCACUCCUUAAACGACUGCCUGUCAAGUACUAA